AGGUCUCCAUAGAGAACAUAUUGGACAAUACUGAAGAUGAAAUUUAAGAUUAGCCGUAGUCCAGCAAUCGCCUAGUCUUAGAUUAAAUCUGCCGUAGAGCCCACCAUUUACACAAGCACACGCAACGUAACAUGCAAGCCAAGGGGGCCCAUUGUAUAAUUUCCUACUAACGAAGAAACCGGAAGUGUGAUUGUUUUGUUCUGUAGAAGGUGUUAUGGCGGCGCCAGUGGAGGGAAUUUCAAAAUUGAGCAGAUCCUGCUAAAUAGAGUUAAUCUAAUCUCAUGUAUUAAUAGUGAAAACUACAAGAAACGCGUGAGCUGUCAUUCGGGGCGCUUCCUCAUAACAUAACAGAGCCUUCACCUAAAGAUAAAGACCCAGACUGGUGACCUAAGAUGACCAGAGUAGGUCCCCUGCAGCAGCGUCCUCUAGCAGGGUGCAGUGACCCAGACAUCUGGCUGGUCCCCCUGCCUGCCCCGGUGCCCCUGGUCCCCGCUAGCCUCCUGCGGUGCCCGGAACUGGACCUGUCUCUCCCCCUCAGCCCAGACCCGCCACGGCCCAACCCGGCUAGCCUGCUGAGAGGACGCAGCCACCGGCAGGUGCGAUUUGCCUCCGAGGAGCCUGUGGUUGUCACGGUGAUAGCAGAGCCUAGCAAAGACCCUCCACCUUGGCAAUGCCCUGGACACUCCAGCAGUUACUCAAAGGGGAAAAGACUCCAUGGUGGAGAACUGCGUUGGAUGGCAAGGUCAGAAACCAAUGAGGAGGCUCCCUUUGAGGAGAGGGGUGGCAGCCUCCCUGAAGGGACGGAGUUAAAUACUACUCUGGCUCUGAGGGCUGAGCUAGAUAACGUGGCAGGGGCAGAGUUUAACUCCCAGAAGGCCGUGCAGGAGCAACUACAGAAGUCAGACAGAACCAAGAACAGCAUCAGCGCCCGGGCUACAGAGGGGGUGAACGUCCCUCCAUCCCAGCACCUCUACAGGGCAUUGGUCAGUGUGAAUGUGGAGGAGGAGGAGCUUAUCAGCCAGGCUCUACGUGACAGGCUUCAGCUGGUCUCGCCCACAUGCAGCCAUGGCAACAAGAAAGAGGACAGUCCUGACCUGCAGGUUUUCUUCAGGGGGGAUCUGCUGCGAGAGAAGCCCCUCCUACCAGGGGAGGAGAUUACCAUACCACGCCCCCAGCCCAUCCCACGCCCCGCAGACACAACCUUCGACCUCUACCACAGACACACAUGCUGGGAGGCUGGACCCUGACACACACACACUUACUCUGAACCUCUAGACUGAAAGGCCCUGUCCCAAAACUUAAGAAGAGCAUUAUCCCUUCUUUCCCUCCCUACCUCCGUCAUUCUCAGAUAUAAAUAUGAUAUUUUAUACUAAUUUAAGAUAUUAAAGGAAUGAACCUGUA